AUGCCCGCCCCGGUGGUGUCCUACUUGAACUACCCGAUCUACUCGGCGGCGAGCGACGGCACGUUCAUAGUCACUUCCGGCGGCGGCGGCGGCAAAGACUAUGGAAUUGAAGACAAACUGGAAGCACACACCUACAACCCAGAGACACAGAAGAUCGUCACAAUCGACGCGGCAGCAGCAGGCUGCGUGGUGGACUCCAUUAACUACAACUCAACAGUAGGGCUGCUCAACCAGCAGCAGCAGCAGCAGCAGCAGCAAAAUGGUUUAAAUGAACAAAUCUUUUGCUGCAUGCGACUGCAGGUCAAUCUCUUCUGCGGCUGCAGCGACAGAGAAUGUCUCAUAAUGAAGGUGGACGACAGCAAUGGCUUGCAAAUUCUGCACCGCUUCGGAACCGAACAGACAAAGAAACGCCUCAUCGUCGCCAGAUUCUCCCCCUCCGGCGAAUAUAUCAUUUCCGGCGGGGAAGACAAAAUCUUAAGGGUGUGGAGGGUGAUAGUUGAGCAGCCGCAAGCGAAGGAAACUGCAGCAAGCCAGCAGCAGCAGCUGCAGCUGCAGCAGCAGCAGCAGCAGCAGGAAGUCCGCACAGAGUUGGUGUCUGAAAUUCAAGCCAGCAUUGGCGACAUAAGAGAUGUCACUAUGAGCGACGACUCCCACCUGGGCGCGGAAGCAGCUGCAGCAAGUAGCAACAAAAAAGUGGACGAGCCCCCGCCUGCUGCCUCCGCAGCAGCAGCAGCAGCAGCAGCAGCAGCAAAACUAGUUGAAGUUUGUUCUAUUUGCUGCGACUCUUCUUCUCCUUGCUGCCAACUGGCGCUUUCUGCUGACCACCAGCGAGUGGCCAUUGGCCUCGCGAAUGGCUCUUGCAAAGUCUUCGACAGGAGGCUCAAGCUGCUGGGGAAGCAAGCAGCACAUGAGCUGCCAGUAACUGGUCUUUGCUUCUUACAGGACGGCCAGCUGCUCGUCUCCACUAGUGCAGACUAUUCUGUUGCUAUCCUCGACACAUCUCCCCGGAAGCUGCUGCGGUGCUCCAGCUGCUGCUGCUGCUCGUUUUUGGUGCUGCUGCUCUUCCUUGCUGCUGGAUUCGUGCUGCUGCAGCACAUGCUAUACGUGGGGCAGCAGCAAAUGCUGCUGCGGCAGCAGGCCCUUACUUCUGGGAACCUUGAAGCAACACUGGGAGAUAUUCUUGCAGAGCGGCUGCAGCAGCAGCAGCAACAACAGCAGCAGCAGCAGCAGCAGCAGCAGCAGCAGCCGUAUAAGGAGCAGCCUAAGCCCCGUGGCAAAAGUCCACAUGAUGAGCUGUAG